GACCUUCCUUGUCCCUCGUGUCUGUGAUAGGACAGCGAUAAUGACAGGAACCGAGUGCUAACGGCAUUAAAACUCGGAAACGAGGACUACUUGAGAGAAGCCAUGCCUCGCUACGAGCUGUCCCUGAUCCUGAAGGCCAUGCAGCGGCCGGAGACGGUGGCUACUAUGCGGCGGACCGUGGAGACCCUGAUGGAGCGGGGCGCGGUGGUCAGAGACCUGGAGAGCCUGGGAGAGAGGCAGCUGCCUUACAAGAUAACCAAACACAAUCAGCUGCACAUCCGAGGGACUUACUUUCUCAUCGAUUUCUAUUCUCCUCCAAAUGUCCUCAACGACUUGCUGAACCACUUGCACCGUGACGUGGACGUGGUGAGGCCCAUGGUGCUGAGGAAAGACGAGCAGGGCCCCCAACGCGCCUGCUGUGGCCCCAAGCUGUGACUGGAUGUUUUCACCGCUCGUAUCUGGACGGAGCAGAGUGUCGCUUCCCUCGAUGACGCUUCCUGAAUUUUGAUAAUGUGUCGGCGUAACAAUAUUAAUAAUAAAUGGCUAUUUUCUUGU